AAGUGCACGUCACCCAUCUUUGUGAUCUCUCGUCAGCGCGUCUGGCCUUAUUACUAGAACGGUUAUUUGCUACGAGCUCGUAGCUCUCACUGCGGUCGGCCUCACCAUCGACCAUUGAGAACAGCCGCCGACAUCGCCGUGCCCGCCACUCUGCCGACCCACAUUGAGACCUCACGCUUGUACCCAUCAACUAUACAAGUAAAUAUACAUAAGCACUCCCGCACUUCAACAUCGAAUACAUGUUCCUCGCCAGACGCAUAGGAAUACAAUCGAGUCUCAGAUUCAGCAUCUCUCAGCUACGCACAUUCAGCACCACAACCUCCACAAUGGCCCCCGCCUGGACACGUCUGAUCCGCUACGUCUCCGCCCAAGACGGCGCAACACGUCUCGGCGACCCCAUCAUCCCCUCUUCAGAAACCUCUCACCCAGACAUCGACGCUCUUGCCCUCUCAGGAAACCUCAAAGUCAAAGUUCUCGAAGGCCGCGUCGCCGUACAAGCCACACCCACAGGCCAAGAAGACACCGUCAAAACCCUACUUGGUCCUCUGACACCCCAAGACGUGCCCAUCGUCCGGUGUAUCGGAUUGAACUAUAAGACACAUAUCCUCGAGACUGGCUUCGAUCUCCCCGAAAAUCCUACACUCUUCAUCAAAUCCCCCAUGACAGUAGCCGACACGCGGCAACCAACUCCAAUUCCAAAAUUGGGACAGACACAUCUAGACUAUGAAGGAGAAUUGACAAUCGUCAUUGGGAAAGAUGCAAAGAACGUCAGUGAAGAAGAUGCCCUCGACUACGUAGCAGGCUACACCUCCGGAAACGACAUUUCCUGCCGCGACUGGCAAAUGGAAAAAUCCAAAGCCGGCAUGAUGCCACAAUGGUGUUUUAGUAAAUCUUUCGAUAAAUACGCUCCUCUCGGCCCGGCGAUCGUAAGCACUUCCGUCCUCGGCGAUGCUUCGAAUCUCGUGCUCAAGACAUUUGUCAAUGGCGAGGAACGCCAAAAUUCGAACACAAGUGACUUGUGUUUCGGUGUGAAGAAACUGGUGAGCUUUUUGAGCACCGGCCAGACGUUGCAGGCGGGAACAUUGAUCAUGACGGGCACGCCGGGUGGUGUGGGAUUGGGAUUCAAGCCGCCGAAAUUUUUGCAGGAUGGAGAUGAGGUUGCUGUAGAGAUUGGAGGAAUUGGAAAGGUGGUGACGAAGAUGCAAUUUGAGUAGAGGGAGAAAAGGACUUGCAAUCUACAGUAUGAUCGAUGG